GUCUCCCGUCCCAUACCUUACCGCACUUCAUCAAGAUAAAGAAAAAAAAGCACAGACAUAGACACCAGCACAGCAUCACCUCAUUAAUAUGGUAUUCGAACGGCCACCUCUUGCAAUUCAAGGAUCAUCUAAGCUGCACACUUGCGACUGGCAGUUCCAUGGCACCUGACUUGAUGUUGCCCGGACCGUGGACAGUGCGUUGUGGAUUGUGCAGGGCCCAAUGGAUCCGAACUCCAACCAGGGUCCAGGCCUGGCCUUAUCUCUCUACCUCCUUAGAGGCUGGUCUGCAGGCUGCCUCGACGAAUACCGCUGCAUGCUGACCGCCAGUCUAGGUAUGUAUGUAUGUAUAUGGAGUACCUACCGGUUUUCGGCAAAAAGACCUGGAAAUUGGCGUUCGUAUUGUAUUCUGCCAUCCAGGAAUGAGGGGAAACACCCUAGAUAAUAGCA